CGCGGUCCAUGGGCGGCUCGGCCGGCAGGGGCGGGGGCCGCGCAGCCGGGGAGCUGCAGGAACUGGAGCAGCGGCCGGCGCCUCGAGUCGCCGAGCGCCGCCGCCGCCGCCGCCGCCGCGCCGGGGCCCAGCCGUAGCCGCCGCCGCCGCGGGAGACGAGCCGCCCGCCAUGGCCACCAAGGCUCGGGUUAUGUAUGAUUUUGCUGCUGAGCCUGGAAAUAAUGAACUGACAGUUAAUGAAGGAGAAAUCAUCAUCAUUACAAAUCUGGAUGUUGGUGGAGGAUGGUUGGAAGGAAGAAACAACAAAGGAGAACGAGGCCUUGUUCCCACAGACUAUGUUGAAAUCUUGCCCAAUGAUGGAAAAGAUCAGUUUUCUUGUGGAAAUUCAGUGGCCGACCAAGCCUUCCUCGAUUCCCUCUCAGCGAGUACAGCUCAAGCCAAUUCAUCAGCUGCCAACAGUAGUAACCAGGUCAGCAGUGGCAAUGACCCCUGGUCAGCCUGGAAUGCUUCCAAAUCUGGAAACUGGAACAGCACGGAUGGCUGGGGAGCCAAGCCAGAGGGGGCUGCAGCCCAGAAAAGCACUUCCAAUAACUGGGACAGUGCCUUUGGUCAUCCCCAGGCCUACCAAGGACCAGCAGCUGGUGAUGACGACGACUGGGAUGAAGACUGGGACGACCCCAAGUCGUCGUCUCCCUACUUCAAGGAUUCGGAGUCGGCCGAAGCAGGGGGCGCUCAGCGGGGGGGCAGCCGUCCUGGCGCCUCUUCUAUGAAGCUGCCACUUAACAAGUUUCCUGGAUUCGCAAAACCUGGAAUGGAACAGUAUUUGUUGGCCAAGCAACUAGCAAAACCCAAAGAGAAAAUUCCUAUCAUUGUCGGAGAUUACGGCCCAAUGUGGGUUUAUCCCACCUCCACGUUCGACUGCGUGGUAGCAGAUCCCAGGAAGGGCUCCAAAAUGUAUGGUCUGAAGAGCUACAUCGAGUACCAAUUAACGCCUACUAACACUAACCGAUCUGUAAACCACAGGUAUAAGCACUUUGACUGGCUAUAUGAGCGUCUCCUGGUCAAGUUUGGGUCAGCCAUUCCAAUCCCUUCUCUUCCAGAUAAGCAAGUCACAGGUCGCUUUGAAGAAGAAUUUAUCAAAAUGCGCAUGGAGAGACUGCAGGCCUGGAUGACCAGGAUGUGUCGCCAUCCAGUAAUCUCAGAAAGUGAGGUUUUCCAGCAAUUUCUAAAUUUCCGAGAUGAAAAGGAGUGGAAAACUGGGAAGAGGAAGGCUGAGAAAGACGAGCUGGUGGGAGUUAUGAUAUUUUCCACCAUGGAACCAGAGGCCCCUGACUUAGACUUGCUAGAAAUAGAACAGAAGUGUGAUGCUGUGGGUAAGUUCACCAAAGCCAUGGACGAUGGCGUGAAGGAGCUGCUGACGGUGGGCCAGGAGCACUGGAAGCGGUGCACAGGACCAUUACCCAAGGAAUAUCAGAAGAUAGGAAAGGCGCUGCAGAGUUUAGCGACGGUGUUUAGUUCCAGUGGUUAUCAAGGCGAAACAGAUCUCAAUGACGCAAUAACGGAAGCAGGGAAGACUUACGAAGAAAUUGCCAGUCUUGUCGCAGAACAGCCGAAGAAGGAUCUGCAUUUCCUGAUGGAGUGUAAUCACGAAUACAAAGGUUUCCUUGGCUGCUUCCCGGAUAUUAUUGGCACUCACAAGGGAGCCAUAGAAAAAGUGAAAGAAAGCGAUAAACUGGUUGCCACUAGUAAAAUCACCCCGCAGGACAAGCAGAACAUGGUGAAACGCGUGGGCACCAUGUCGUACGCGCUACAAGCCGAGAUGAACCACUUUCACAGUAACCGGAUCUACGACUACAACAGCGUCAUCCGCCUGUACCUGGAGCAGCAGGUGCAUUUCUACGAGACGAUUGCAGAAAAGCUGAGGCAGGCCCUCGGCCGCUUCCCGGUCAUGUAGAACAGAACGGAAUGUGAAGAAAACUCCGAAGUGCUUCUUUCUGACUUGGGGCAAUGCAAUUCAGUUUUUUCCCCUAUCUUCCAAAACAAAGAAAAACAGGAAAAAAAGAAAACCAAAAAGAAGUAGAGUUGCAAAAAACUGCCUUUACUUUAUUAACCAGCCUGAAUGCAUCCGUUAUCUGGGGAUGGUCUUCUUUUGUUCGUUUCCAUAUCCAUUAUUAACCAAUGGAAAUUCUCUAUUUUUGGAAAGUACUUAAAGUUAUCAGAAUUUUGAACAGAAAAUUAGGGGUUCCCCCCAGUGAUAUUUUACAUAAAAUUGUAAUUUGUAAGUUA